AUGACGAAACUCAUACUGUGCUGUGCAUGUGCACAUCAGAUGGUAUAUAAAAGUGUUGGGACGGGGCUCUGGACAUUCACCGACACCGCCACCACAAUGCAGCGCCUCGUCCUCUUUCUGGUGUGCAUGCUGGGUUCUGCACUGACCCUGACGUCACCGGCUUUGCCGGGAAGGAAGGCUUCAGGCCGCAUCAUUGGGGGGACCAACGCAGACAUCGCCGACUACCCAUUGCAGGUGUCCUUCCAGAAGUUGGGUUCACACAACUGUGGAGCGUCCAUCAUCAGAUCCAGCUGGGUCCUGACGGCGGCCCACUGCGUGGACGGCCUCAGUCUCUCAUGGAUGAGUUUCCGGGUCGGCAGCUCAAUCCGAGAGAGCGGAGGCUCCGUCCUGCAGGCGUCUUCUGGCUUUAUGCACGGCAAAUAUGACAGAGACACAGUCGACUACGAUAUUGCCGUUGUCCAGGUGUCCGGGUCGCUGCUCGGCAGCAACGCCCAGGUGGUGAGCCUGUCCUCUGACGGCUACGACCCGGCGGCUGGCCUGGCGGUGACGGUGACCGGCCGGCCGAAGUGGUCGUGCGCCUCCACCCUGCAGAAGGUUGACAUUAGCAUCUCGGACCGCUACUACUGCCAGCGCUUUUUCUCUUCCGAGGUGACCGACCGCAUGGUGUGCGCUGGUCAGGCCGGCAAGAGCGUCUGCAACGAAGACUCUGGCGGCCCCCUGGUCAGCGGCAGCAUGCAAGUGGGCAUCGUCUCCUGGGGGGCGAAGACCUGUGAGUCUGCGCCGGCCAUGUACGCCAGCGUCGGCAACCUGCGCUCCUGGAUCCGCUCUGCAGCCGGUGUGUGA